GGCAGUGCCAGCUAGCUUCGGGUAGUACCUCGUACCUCUAUCAUAUAUUGUAGGCGGAAUUUCAACUGAACCAUAGUCACAUCUAUUUUCUACCUAGAUAAUCAUCAUGCUAUAAAGAGUCAAAUUUCCAAAAUGACAUCGCACUCAGAAUGGGGGGAGAAAACGUCCGGGCUAGAAGUGGCUAAAGUCUAUACACAGAGAAUUAGAGGUAGAAAUGUUCUGAUUACAGGUGUUUCGCCUGAGGGUGUUGGCGAGGGAACGGCUGUUGCAUUCGCCUCGCAGAAACCAAAGAUUUUGAUUCUUGCUUCGAGAACAAAAGAAAAACUCGAUAAAGUGGCGAAAUCCAUUCGUAACUUGUACCCCGGUGUCGAUAUACGGACGGUUACGAUAGAUCUGGCGUCUCAGGCAUCUAUUCGUAGGGCAGCUACCGAAGUCGAUGGGAUGAUCACGAAGCUGGAUAUUUUGGUCAAUAACGCCGGGGCGACUUACAACUCCCGUCGAUGGACAGUGGAGCGAAUCGAGAUUCAAUUCGGUGCAAAUCAUAUUGGCCCGUUCUUGUUUACGAAAUUGCUAUUCCCCCUUUUAGAAGCAGCUACCAAACAGUCUCCCGCGGGAGCAACUCGCGUGGUGAAUCUUUCUAGCCAUGGCCACCGACUAUCUACGAUACGCUUCCACGACUACAAUAUUGAAAACAAAGAAGUACCUCCAGAAGAGAAACCGUUCUCUCCUCUCCCUCCUACAUUCGCAAGGGUCCAGGACGAUGGAUAUAUGCCUACCAUUGCAUAUGCACAGAGCAAGACGGCCAACAUCUUGUUUACUCUUUAUCUACAAGAUCAUCUACAGAAGAAGGGAAUCACAUCGUAUGCUGUACAUCCAGGAGGCGUGAGCAGUAACCUUGGCCGAGAGCAUGACGAGGAGAUGGCUGACGCUAUCGCGAAAACCUCUAAAUUUUGGAAGAACGUCGACCAAGGUGCAUCGACGACUCUCGUGGCGGCAUUGGAUCCGGCCCUCGACGUCCCUACCGAUAUAUACUUGGCCGACUGUCAAUUCUUUCCUAGCGCAGAUUACACCACAGAUCCGGCAAUAGCUGAGCGCCUGUGGCGCUUAAGCGAAGAGCUAAUUGGGGAGAAGUUUAAUCUUGAGUAAAUAGGUACCUGUGUGCUGUUAGGUAUGUAGGUAUGUAGGUAUGUAGGUAUGUAUAAGUAUAUUAAUGCUGAUAUGGUUCAUGCGGCACCGGUGCGGUGAAGUUGAUAGAUCAGCAUGAAAGGAAUUCGAUUCUAUUCGAGAACGAUAUUCGCGAACUUCGGGUGUUUAUAUGGAUAGGUACCUUGUAGAUGCCAUCGAUUGCGGGAGCUAUGGCCAUAGUUGCGACAUUAAGUAUCCGCUCACGUUGAUUCCGUGCAAUCAUUUCUAUUUUUAAGCCCAGUCACCACGCCGAGUUGAUUGACCUCUUUACACGAGACAGGAACAUCUGCUUCAC